AUGGCUGUGCGACAGGCGAUGGUGUCGCCCGCGGGCCAGUCGUCGCACAGGGUUCACCACGUCGACCCGAAGCAGCGGAAGAGCUCUGCGAAGCGGGCUCCCCGUCGCAGUCGCAUGCGAUUCCUCUGCGGCGUUCCCUGCAUGGACGCCGUCAUCGACGACGACUCGUGCGACAACGUGCGACUCGCAACACCGGACACCACCGCGGCGGUCCUCCGCAAGUCUGCGCAUGCGGAAGGAACUGCGCAACACGGGGAAGCAGUCCCCCCCAGGCUGCCAGUUCCCAGGCUCGGCAGCGGAAGCCCCGCGGGACGUCGCGGGGGCAGCGGCGGAGGCCAAGCCGCGGGCGCUGCUGCGCCUUCCGCCAACGGCGGGAUGAGCGGCGGGCGGAACUAUUGGCGGGAAGUGGUGCGCCAAGGGGCCUCUGAGCGCGGGGAACACGACGGGGCGGCGCAAAGGGAGGCGCGGAAAGAGGUGGCGGAAUCUGCGCUGAGGAUGGCGGAAGCGCAAGAAAGGGGACAAGCGGAGGUGGCGGCGGAACUGGCGGGAGGUGAUUCAAGGGGGAAGGAGGCGGAGGGUAAUGCCAGCGACAGUGCGAGAGACAGUGACGGGAGUGCUUUUAGCGAGGAUAGCUGGGGAAGGAGCGGGGAAGAACGCGCGGGGGAAGAACUUCGGGGGGUGGACGCUCGGGGGGAGGGGGAGAGAGGGGGGGAUGGCGCAGGAGAGGAAGCGGAAGAAGAUUCAGACGCGUUAGAAGAUGAUUCGUCACCCGUUAAGAAGCUGUGGCAGGGGCUGAUGGGUUCAACCGGUGCUGGUGACACCACAGUUAGAAAUACUAGUGGUUCUAACGCUGAUGGUACUAUAGCCGGUGAUAGUGGCGCUGCUGUGUCUGCCGCUGCCGGUGGCGGCGGCGUGUGCGGCGGGAGACAGGGGAGUAUGACGCCUAGACGACGCGCGAAGAUGAUUCAACUGCUUGAGGAGGUGAGGGAGGAGGAGGGCGAGGGGGAGGAGGAGGGGGAGAGAGAGGAGGGGAAGAGGGAGGAGGGGAAGAGGGAGGAUCGGAAGAGGGAGGGAGACAGAGCACGUGGCGGGAAGGGAUUGGGGUAUGAAUUGAUGAGCCCUGGUGAAGGGAUGGGUUGGCAGGGAGGGGAGAUGGAAGAACGGGGGAAGGGAGGAUGGGAGGGAGGAGGAGAAAGCAGGGAGGAGAGGGAGACGGGGUUUGAAGAGAGGGAGAUGGGGUUUGAGGAGUCGCUUGGUGUAUGGAGGGCGAGAGAGGAGGCAUCGUGGCGCGAGAGGGUGGCGGGAUGGGGGGAGCGGAGAGGGGGUGAGACAUGGUCGGAGGAGGUCGAUGGGGACGAGGAAGAGGGGGAGGGGGAAGGUUCGGAACUUGUGAGAGAGGGACGAGAGGCGGAGCAGGAAGAGGAGCAAGGGUAUUCAAUCGCAAGGGGAGGAGUGGUGGAACAGAGCCUGCAGUGGUUGGCCGUCGCCCACACCAUCUGGUUCCGAAGCAGCCGACACAGCAACAUCCGCUCUAGCACCCGCCCACUCUCUCUCCCCCUUGACCUCCUCCACUGCUCACUCCUUCUCCCCCCCAACCUCCUCGUCUGCUCCCUCCCUCUCCCCCCAAACCAACUCCACUGCUCCCUCCUCCCCUCUGCUCCCCUCUGCUUCUGUCCCUCCCGGGCCUGCGCUUACUCCCGCCACCGAGCCUCCAUUGCCGAGCCUGGGCCCGGUGGAACCGAGCCUGGCGGCGGUUCGGCCGAGGCUGACGUCGAGUGUGAUUCGGAACGCACAUCGCAAGGUGGUGGCACAGCGAGUGGCAGCCACGGCUGA